AUGAUUGCAAAGUUCUGGUGGGGAAGCAAGAAUGGAGAGAAGCGUAUUCAUUGGGUGAAAUGGGAUUCCUUAUGCGACUCAAAAAACGAGGGUGGUAUGGGAUUUCGUUCUUUCAAAGCUUUUAAUGAUGCUUUGCUUGCUAAACAAGGGUGGAGAUUGUGUCAAUUUCCAAACUCUCUAUUGGCUAGAGUUUUAAAAGCAAGGUAUUACCCGCGACAACAUUUCACUCAUGCUUCCAUUGGUCAUUGCCCUAGCUUCACCUGGCGAAGUAUUCACCAAGCUGGAUGGAUUGUCAAGCGUGGCUCCUUUUGGCGUGUGGGUAGUGGAAGUGAGGUGAAUAUAUGGAUUGAUAAUUGGCUCCCCUUGCAACAUGGUCAUAAAGUUUGGUCUCCAAAGCCUCAGGACUGUGUGGCCACGCACGUAUAUGAUUUGAUCGACAGGUCUGUGAAUGAUUGGAAUAGAGGUCUGGUAGAAAACUAUUUCCUCCCUUUUGAAGCGGACCAAGUGCUGCAGAUACCUGUGAUUAAUCUACAAGCGGGAGAUAAGUUUACCUGGGCUGAAACGGCAAAUGGCCAAUUCUCGGUUGGGUCUGCAUACCAUUGUAUUCGCUCCUGGGAGAAACUUGAAGCUAAAGGAGCAUCCGCAGAGGAGGUUGCGUCGAGAGCUACUAAGGAGCUUGCUGAGUAUAAGUGCCAGUUGAUGCAGCUGAGAGAAGGUGACCGACCUGCUCCUUCGCAGUCUUCGCCGCGAGUUUGGAGUCCUCCACCGCUGGGUUUUUUCAAGCUCAAUGUUGAUGCGGCUGGAACUGGUUGCGUGUGGGGUUUGGGGGUCGUGAUUAAAGAUGAGGGAGGUAAUGUGGUGGGAGCUCGUUGUCGUCGGGAAAGUCGUGCUUGGUCACCGGAGAUGGCUGAAGUGGCGGGCUUGGUGAUGAGAGUCCAACUGGCUCGUGAUAAUGGCUUUUGGUCCUUUAAUGCAGAAGCUGAUUGCCAAUCUGCAAUUCUAAAGGUGCAGGCAAAAGGAGUGUGUAGUGCAUAUGUUGAUUUGCUGGUUCAAGAGUUGCAGUGCAUGGUGCCUCUUUUCUCUUCAAUUUCUUUUUCUCAUGUAUUUAGGGAGGCGAAUAAUGUUGCUCAUCAUUUAGCUAAGCAUGCCCUUGUAUCUCACGAUGAACUUUGGUUAGGAUGUACUCCUCCUUGUAUCCAAUCUUUUAUUGCCUCAGAUGUUAUACUGAGGACAAAUUAA